UUGUAAGGUGGCGCGGGCCACGAACCCCAGCAGCAGGCAGGUCAGCCUGUAUUCCCAGGUCAGGAGGGAACCUUUACCCACAUUGCACCUACUGUACUCACUCACCUAUUUGUGCUUGCGGGUGUUGAGCUUUGGCUCUUUGGUCCCGCCUCUCAACUGUCAAUCAACUGGUGGCUCGGUGGACCAUUGGGGGUAUCAGUUUCACAAGGCCAGGAUGAGUUCUCGUCGUCUGUUGAGUGUCCUUGGCCUCCCUGCUCCCAUUAUCACCAAGCUGCUUGACUCUGACUUCAUAUAUGAUGAUGACGUGCGAGGCCUAAAACCUGCGGAACUUAGUUUAGCAUCAGGACUGAGUUUGAAGGAAAGUGCUGAGGUGGUGAGGCUGUCUACUACUAACAGUGCAGAGCAGCCUGUGACUGUACUACAGAUGAUUGAAGAAGAAUGUGAUGUGUCUCACAUUGUAACAUUCUGUGAGGCUUUGGAUGAUCUGCUCGGUGGAGGCAUACCUUUGCGUGCUAUUACUGAACUAUCUGGAACUCCAGGCAUUGGAAAAACUCAGCUCUGCUUACAAGCUUGUGUGUCGGUGCAGCUUCCCAGUAGUGUUGGUGGGGUAGGAGGAGAGGCAGUAUUCUUGGAUACUGAAGGCAGUUUCACUGCCGGAAGAUUAAAAGACAUGGCAGCCUCUGCAGUUCAUCACGUGCAGACCAUUGGUGGUACGAAGGUCGAUGUAUCAGGCUUUACUGUUGAAUCCAUACUAAAGGGAAUAUAUUAUUUUAGGUGUCAUAGUUAUAUUGAGGUCUUGGCUGUAAUAAGACACAUUCCAUCACUUCUUCAGACCCACCCAAAAAUCCAACUGAUUGUUAUUGACUCUAUCGCAUUCCAUUUUCGACAUGAUUUUCCUGACAUGAUGGCUCGAACAGGACUGUUGUGUCGUAUGACUCAAGAACUCAUUCAGCAGGCAACAAAGUUUAAUAUGGCAGUGGUAGUUACCAAUCAGAUGACAACUAGGAUAGAGUGUGCAGGAUCAUCGCAGUUGGUUGCAGCGUUAGGUGAAACAUGGGGUCAUUGUCCAACGCUACGACUUACUCUUCACUGGUCUGGACGAACAAGGGUUGCUACACUUACAAAGGCACCUCAUAGGAAUAAUUCCUCUGUAAAUUAUCAGGUGACAGUAGCAGGUAUAAGGGACUUGCCAACCAGUAAUCAGGAAAAAGUCACCAGUAAUUCAACAGACAUACCUGAGGCUAAGAAGAGAAAGCUAACAAGUAACUGAUGGUAGAAAUACAACAACUAUAUUAACAAUACAUUACUUCAUUCCUAGCAGCAUACGAGUGUAAGUGAUGAAUGCCUACAUAUCAUCAUUAGUCUAUUUCUCAUAUUCAUAGGGUGGGGCAGCCACUAAGGAAUUUUAAAAAAUAUAGUAGGAAGCUAAAAGGAAGACCAAGAAGGUGAAUAAACAUGCUAAUUUAGAAAAUGUAUGCAAGGUGAUACUUGCCAGUGCAUGAGCAAUGGCAAGUAGCAACUGAGUGGAAGCAGUUAGGUGAAACCUGUUCUAUUUUGGGGGGGAUACAAUUUAAAUGGAAUACAUUGUACCUAAUCCUUGAAUACCUGUAUUCAUAGACUACCUAUAAAAUACAUUGCAUUAAAUGCUGUAAAUAUAGUCGAGAUCUAAGCUAAUCAAUUAGUUAUAUCAAUAAAGGAGGGUUACCUGAAUAGACUUAAGGUGUAACUAAUUUUGUACUCACGGAUAAAGAUGCAUACGAGGCCAAAACUAUAGCCAGAUAUGCACUUCAUGCUAAUGCCCACUCAUCAGUGCAGUGAUUUGUCAGGUAUAAUGCCUGAAUAAACUUCCAUAGUGUUGACUGCAGAUAGUCCACCUCUUUUUGCAUUACUGUAUUUUGUUUAUACUAUAACUCCUGUCUAAUAAAAUUGGUAUUACAAUGGUCA